CUUUGGAAGAGCUCUAAGGAACCCUGAGCUCUAAGGAUCCCAGGACACCUUCUCUGAGACGUACGCUUCCUUGGUUUGAGAAAAGCAGCUCUCUUGUUUGGGGUCACACCUUUAAUCAUGAUGUCCAGCGAGCUCUCUGGUUUCAGGUGAACAAGAGCUGCAGCUUGGGAUAAAGUGGACCUCGUCACUUGCCUGGAGAUGGACUUUGGUGGCUAGGGCUUCAUAAAAACAUCUCACUGGAAACGACGUUCUGGUUCUGUAGCCAGAACCCUACAUCUCGGACCUCAAUAUGGGUAGAAUCUGCCUCAGUAUAGGUGUAAUCUGCCUCAAUGUGGGUGGAACCAUGGUCAAAAAGGGAUUUGUGAGUGAAAAGGGAUCAAAAAACCCUCAACCAAUUGAAGGGUUCUUCCUACACAUUUAAAAAAGAUGGGCUCUUUUGUAAAGAAAAUGGUGAGUUCUAUAUAGAACCAUCUCAUGAUUAAAUGGUUCUUAGCGUGUUGACAUUGUCCUUCAGAUUGAUGGAGUAUGUGGUUCUACAUAGCAUCAAAAAGAGUUUCGUAGCGCCAAGGUUUACUUUCCCUCAACUUGGCAACCCACCCCUAGCGGUUGCCAUAGCUACCAGUCGGUUUAUGAGUGCAGAGCUAACCAGCUCACUAGCCGCCGGUUUGGUUCAGUAACGUUACACACCAAAAACGCUCUACCAAGCUCUGUAAUUAAAGGUUUAUUUUAAUAAAGUUGAUCAGACAUGGACAGGAGGGAGAUUAUCGAUUUCUCAGCGCUGGAGAGAGAGCUGCAGGCUGCGGUGGAAGCCGAUAAAAAAUACCAGCGAGAAAACGAUGCUAAAUUCCGCGCCAUCCACCAAAAAGUGGCGACAUACGAGGAAUUCAGGGACAUAGUUCUGGCAUCCCACCUAAAGCCCUUGGAUAAAAGGGAUAAAGCGGAAGCUCCUCGGAAGCAGCCGUGGAAUUCAGUGGCUGCAGGCCGUACGGAGAAAACAGGCCCCACACCUGAGAUGGUACAGGUGAGUCAACAGUCUCCGCUGUCUGACUUCCAGCCAAGGACUGCGUCAGAGUUCAUGCGCGACUGGCGCAGGUUUGGAGGAGGACCGCUAGAGAAGUACGGUCUCCUCCUCAGGCUGGGUGGGGACGUUCUGCAGGGCCUCUUCAGUGCCGAGGUUGGCUUUGGUCUUCUGGGAGAGUUCCUAGUCCUCCUCGCUCAGUGUCUCCAGCCGGGGGAUGAGGCGGCAGUGACUGGACUGCUGGAAGGUCUCUCAAAAACUGGCCGUUUUGGUCUAAACGUGUCCCUCCUGAGCCAAGCUGAGCAGGAAGCAUGUAAGAGUCUGUUCUGCAGGCUGUGGGAUACGGUUGGAGGGCCCUGUCUACCUAAUCAAACCCCCUCUGUGAACUCUGAGGAUCAGAACCAACCUUCAUUUCUUUCUGAGGCAUCUGAAACACAGCAGCGUGAGACUGAGGCUGCAGGAAGACUCAGAUAUCUGAUGGAAAGGUUUGGCAUUUGUGAGACUGAAUCAUAAGCAGUUGUUUCACUACAUGUGCCCAGUUUUCUGUAUGAAAAUACCCUUUAAAGUCAACAUUUGGGGAAAAAUUGUACUCGAACAGUUUUGCUUUUUCAGUUUUGCACUGGAAAUACAAAGCAAACGUACUGUAGCUUACAAGUGAUACACCCCACCCUUUUCAUUGAAUCUGUGUGAGAUAUUUAGUGACUGUUAUAUGGAUAGCGUGCCGUACUUGGCUGACAUUACCAUAGAGUUGUCCUGCCACUGUAAGCCAGAGGAGGCGCUCUCAGUAGGGAUUUGAGGGAAAUUAUGUACAUCUUGACAAA